UGUACUGAAAGCUGCGUAGAAUGACGUCACUUUCCUGCGACUACUAUCAUGAGCAAAAUAAAGCGUGUAUUUAUCCAGUAUAUAGGACUGUAUGAGGUAAAUGAAUUGAUAGGAAACAGAAAUGUCUCUGGAGCUUCUUCUUCAGGAUUUCAGUAUACACUGUGACAGUGAGGACGUUAGUGUCAUUCCUGUUCUUUCUGGAAUCCGUGAACGCUUUGAGGAGAGAAAUGCAGACAAGCCGAGCAUCCUGAUCCGCACCGCCGAUCUGUUCAGGACCCGCUCCGUGUCCUGGCUCUUCCCCGAGUUCAGCUCACGUGUACGGAGCACGUACGCAGAUUUGGUGAAAUCGUGCAUUAGACACGCUGCGCUGCCUACGUGCGACACGGACAGCGGGACUUUAUCCGCCACCAGCUAUGAGCUCAUCCCGGGAAGAGCUGUAGCGGUCGCUGGAACUCUUCAGGCUCUGAUCGCUCAGCUCGGAGAGGCGCUGCGGUGUGGAGAUCCAGGGGCGAAGGCGCUGUUUCACACCCUCGGUCCGCUCCUGUGCAUCUUCUCCAUCACACAUUUGCAAAAGCAGCCGUGGACCGAUCAGACUUCCAGGGGGUGUGCUCUGGAGCUGCUGAAGUGCACAGUCACAGCCAGUGGAAGCGGAUCAGUGCAAGAGCUGCUGUGUGGAAGUGAUGGAAGAGGAAGCACAGGGAUCCUGAAACCCAUCCUGGAAACACUGCAGCCUGAUAUGACCAAAGAAACCUGGAAGCGAAACGAAGCGGUGAAACACGUCUUCUCUUGGCUGCUGGUACAAGUUGGGCGUCCUUACUUAACCGACUACUUGGACAAGGUCUUCCCCCCGUCCCUGCUCAUAUCAGACGACUACCGGACAGAAAACAAAGUCCUCGGAGUGCACUGCCUCCAUCAUAUCGUCCUUCACGUGCCUGCUGCUGAUUUGAGGCAGUUUAACCGAGCUCAGGUGCUUUACGACGCUCUGUACAAUCACCUGUACACCUCCGACGCUCCUCUCAUACAGGUGGUCUUGCCGUGUCUCAUAGAUCUACUCUCAGUCCUCGAGAAGCCUCAAGGCCCAAAGCGUACUCCAAACCGCUACGACAGCGUCCUUCGCCUUAUUUUAACCCACAUGGAAAUGGAGCACAAGCUCGCACUCCGCCGGAUCUACGCUAGCAACCUCCUGCCGUUCGUCGAAAAGAUGGGUAUAGGCAUCGCUCGGCACCUGAAGAGGCUGGAAAGGGUGAUUGUUGGAUAUCUGGAAGUCUCAGAUGCUCCAGAGGAGAAAGCCCGCCUUAGCGUACUGAAAGUUCUAGAGAGGACGAUACAGGUUGUCUGGCCAAGGAUGGAGUGCAGGGUGGCUGUUUUGGCCAGGAGCUUGCUCAGGUUCCUGGUGGACGUCUCUGAAGAGUCUCUGUCUCCCGAGCUCAUUGAGGAGCUGUUGACCCAAGCGACACACUGCCUUCUGCUGCUGGACCACUGCUCACAUGGCAGACUGAGGGUGGAGCUGAAGGAACUGGACACCAGCUGUGUGUGUGAGCAAGUGUUAAAGCACAUACAGGAUCUUACUCACGCAGAGUGUGUGAGCUGAGAUCAUCAACGCUCGAUCCGUCACACUGUAAACUAAGGAUCUGAAGCCAGUAAAGGAGAUCCAUGUCAUCACUGCUAUUAUUUAAAAAAAAAAAAUUGUAAGUGUGAUAAAGGAUUAUGAAAUACAAAACAAUUAUCUUAACUUUUAUACUCAGGUUUUUUUGGAAACUCUGGAAAUGUAUGGAAUGUUCUGGAAUGCGAGGAUCUCAAUCUGUUUUCUUUUAUCCUCUAAACUCACAUAUUCUGUGCAUUGUUUUUUAUUUUUUUCUUUCGUUCAUUAAAUGUCCUUUUUUCCCCUCAAAGUCGACAAAACUUCGCCAAAAUCCUGAUAUUAAAAAAAAUUGUUUUUAAUUACAAAAAAAUACAAAAUCUGUAUUUCCAUUUCCAGAAAUGUAUUUCUUUUCCAAAUUCAGUUGUACAGUUUCUGAUCCACUACUUUUUAUUUAUUUAUUCCUUUUGGCUGCUUUUUAAGAUUUAAUAAUGCACUCAGUUCGCUAUGCUAAGCUGAAACUCCUGUUCAUCUUCAUUUCAGUAGAAUCGUAAUAAACGCUUGAUUAUAAGUUUUUUAA